AUGUCUCGACUUGAGGUAAAUAAGAUUUUACACACACGCCCACCAAAAAGACACAACUUUUUGCACACUCACCCACAUCUCCCUCCUGCCUUAUCAAGUUUGUAGUUUGGACUUUCAUUGAUAAGCGUUAUAAGAUCCAAACCUGAUUGUGAUUCUUCAGUCCUGUAUGUCAUGCCGUGUCUCUCUGUCGGCUGAUGACUCAGUUUGAACUAGAGUAACUCACGGCUGUAAAAGAUUUAUCAUCAUUUUAGGGCUUUGUGUGCAGUUAAUAAAGAUUCAAGGAACACACACACACAGUCAUGAACACGUAGUGAAUUAUUGAUUUUUUUUCCUGAAAAGCUCCAAGCAAAACACUCCAGAUGAUUCUCUAAAUUUACCUUGAAAACUUUUGGAAAACCCUUGGGUUAUAAGUUUUCCAUCACAUGUAAAUGCAAUUUUAAGAGUAAAUGAAGAUUAUGUUUUAGAUCUAAUUCCAAAUAAAUCAGAUUAUAGGAGGUCUAAGUUCAUAUCAGCUGUUUAUCUGUUUUUUGCUUGCGUAUGCUGUGGGUCUACCCAGCUCUGUACCUCUGUAGAAGCCAGCUCCUGUAGCCUGAUGUGCACCUCCUGGAAAUGUAACUAUAAGUUGCAGCAAUGCAGCCUACAAGCCCCGGGCUAUUGAUCCAUCCCAUUCAUCAUGGUAGUCAGGGUCUCGAAGCGGGGAAUGUCACAGAAAAGAAAGUGCCCCCUGAUAUUAUUAGCAUCAUUGGCUAUACCAGGCAAUAACAACACACAAUGUGAUACUCUGCAUGUGAAAGCAACAUGACAACAUGAACUUGCACAGUACUAUCAGUGUGCACAAAACAAGACAGAGCACUUUAAAAGUACACCUGUUUUUCAGCAGAUGCAGGAGGGGGGUUAAGGGAACCCGGAGUUGCUCUUAGUUGCUGAAUUCCAACUUGAGGCGAGGUUCCAGAGGUUUCUCUGUUGGGUCCAACAAACAUCUCAGAAUUUUGUAUUUCUAAGAUCAAAUGGAUGUGCACUAUGUGGACAUUAGUGGUCCCACCCACGUCACCUGUCCUCUGCCUACAAUGAUUCAGUGGCCACAGAAUCCUUAAUCUCCAACAUCUCCUCUCUUUUCCUCUUUGCAAUUUUGAAACUCCUCUUUGCAACUUUCAAAUGUGAUCACCAUGUUUUUCUGUACCGAAAGAAGCAGAGAAUGAAACUGGUGAUAUGAAUUGCAUAGAAAUCGCACUGCUGACAUGUUUUUAGGCAAAGUACUGUAGGGGGGUGUAAAACUCCAAUGCACAAAUAUCUAUUGCUCAUGACUGCGUGGGUCACAACAGUAUGGCUGUGGCAUGGCAUUAAUGCGUGUUUCUUUUUUACCAUUUCUUAUUAUGAUAUUUCUGCUCAAAUGUUCAUUUUUUGUAAAAUAUCUUGUUUAAUUAGUUAUCUGAUGACAUUAGACACAACAUAUAACUGGCAUUUCAGGUCUCCAGUGAUAUGAAAUAAACAACUAUGUGUUUGACCGACUGGUAAUUCUGGUGAUGACCAGCGAGGGAGAUGAUGUGCAAAUUUUCCUAAAUUUGUACAUCAUGUAUUAUACCUUUGGAUGUUCUUUCAGAUGCGUAUCAAACCUGAUUUGUAAUGCACUUAGUAUCUGAGGAGAAGCGGAAGCAACAACAUUUUAAAGGGCAAAGUAGAAAACAGAUUCAGUUAUUAAAUUUUGUCUCACACAAAGUGUUUCCUCUCUGUGGACAUGUCCUUCGUCUCACUGGAGAGCAAUUUUAACCAAGCAAGAAAACUAAACUCAUUUUUGUUAUUAAAGAAUCUCUGCCAUCACUCAGAGCUUUUUUCAUCGCUGCCUCCAUUUUCAGUCAGUAAUAAGUCAACUCAGUGGAGUGUCAGAUUUAAAAAUUCCGGCACAGACUGCUGCACAUUAUUUGACUUAUAUCUGAAUCUGGGAGUUAUUAAAUAUUAGGAAAAAAUCCUCUCCAAAUUACUUUCUAAAACUGUGCAAUAAAAGUAAGAAUUAAAAGAAUAAAAUGCCUCCAAAGGAGUCUGAAAGGUGGCAAUAUUUAAAAUAGCUUAUACUCUUAAACCAUCUUUCGCAGUCUAUUUUUUAAAAUUAUUUUAUUCUUAAACCACUGAAAAAGUUCUGGAAAUUAUCUUUUAAAUGUAAUUUGUCUUUUUUUCACCUGGGCCUCGGUUCUACAUCCUGUGGGCUCCAAGUGACUUAUUGGUAAAAUAAUAGAAGUUUACUCCCCUGAACAGAUCAGCAGCCUCAGGAACAGCUCUGUCUCACUGAAAAUUCUUGUUUUGGCCUCUGGUAUGUUCAACAUGUUAUUGUGAGUGUCUGAUAGCCUCAUGGAAAAGAUCUUUGCCCUCUCACAAUAUGACUCAUGGCUCUGCUGCUUACUUCCUGUCACAACUCAUUUUUUGAGAGAUCUCAUGAAAAGAUUUCUCUUGGAAGAUUUCAGAUUCAUAUGAAACCUCUAGACUGGUGACUGUUGUACACAUGUGGGAUGACUCAAAUCAGCGAAAUAAAAAAUUUGUUGCAAGAUUUCUUUUUGAACGGCAGAGGGUGCUGGGACAAAACCUGGGCAGCCGACCAAAGUACGGAUGCUUAUCAUUUCGGUGUUUUCCCUUUUUAACCUUUAUCAGAGUGUGUGUGUUGUUAAUUGGGUUUCCACACCCUCUCUGCAGAGGUUACAGAUAAUGUUAGAGGUGCAAACAGAGCCUCUCAGUGUCUAACUCGUUAUCCACAUGUAGUGAUCAUGGUAGUGGUGUAGAGUGAUACAAGGGUAGAAUAACAAUGAAAAAAAAACAACAUUGUGUGUGCUCCAGGAGGACCCGUACUGCUACAUUACUCAACUACACAUAUGUUACAGAAUGACCCCUGACAGGAGGAGGCAAACAUUGAAAUACACCAGGCUCAGACUGCACUUUUGUUUAGUGUGACCCACAUUAUUUAGCUUUUUAUACUGAGAUGAACCAGGCUGAAAGGACACACCUUGGUCAAGAGACAGAUGAGUGCACAAAUGACCCAUUAGUUAAUGAAGCCUGUAUAAGGGACAGGUUUAAAGAUAUCUGACCUAGCCUUUUAACUUGCACCCACACAAAAACCUUCUGUUCCUGCCACCUGUUGAGUUAAUCACGACACAGUCGUGCCUGCAGUGAGACAGCGAUGUGAUUUUAUAGCGAAGGCUUGAUUGGAGGCUGGCUCUAUUUGUGGAUUCAUGCUAAUCAUACUCUUUGCACCCCUGGGUGUCAUUAUACAUACAGGUGUAUGUUUUCUGCUCUGCAUCGAAGGAGCAGACUUCUCCAGGCUGUCACCAGCAUUCAGUAUGAGGUUUUUAUCUGCUUCUCUUGCUGUUGGGAUGAAUUAAUAUUCAUUUUCACAAUUGGAUGAACAGCAGCAGCUUUGAUUGCUCUCAUGAGCUCGGGGAAGGAUCAGCGUGUCCUAAUGAAAUGCUCUUAUCCUCUGUGAUUACAUCAUCAUGCUGUCAGAGCUUGUCUCUACAUUUAUGACAGGAAAUUUGUGCAUGUGUACGUGUGUGUGUAUCUGUUUACUCAUUUUUACCAGAACCUUCUAAUGCAAGUCCUCACCAAUAGAUCUUUUGAUGAGAUAACAACCCCUCAGAUUUGAGCGAUUUGUUCUUUGUGUUGUUUAUUCUGAGCACAAAAGGCAUUUGAAUUAUUAAAGCCGUUUCCGGUGUUUAUCUGCAACAAAUAAUAAUGAAGACUGUUGGAAGAUGUGAAGGAUGUGUUUAAUGACACAAGAGCUUUGAUUAACUGCAGUUGAGUGCUAUCGCCACAUUUGCCAGACAGGCUAAUCAACUGGUCGUGAGAGAAUGAGAGAGAGAGAGGGUGGGGGGAGUUAGAAAGAUUUGGAAAGAAUAUCAGAUCAUAAUGGAAAUACAAUAAAGAACAUAAAGCUCUCACUGAAAAGAAAAAAAAAAAACAUUUUAGCUGCAACAGCUUGAGGACAUUCUGCUACAUUUUUCCAAUUGGUAUGUUCUGCCAAAUCACCCAGACAAACAGUGAUGCAUCCAAGCUUCGACAAGAAAGAACUAGGAGUUCAGAAUUUAGGAAUGCUAGGUUUAAAGCUAUAAUGUGUUGGUGUAAGCAAGCAUAUUGCACAACCUGUGAUGAUAUAAUUGAAGCAAGAGAGAAUCUGUACCGUUAUGUUAUAAUUGGGGCUACAAAGUGUUGUAACUUAAGUUACCAAAUUUCAAAUGAGAGUCUAAAAUAUGAAAAAUGUGGACUGUUGCACCUAGCUAUUCACUGCAUGACCCAAGAUUUAGACUGAUCCUGGAGGUGUGUCUGGAGUUUUAGAUUCACCAGGCUGUGUUUUUCAUACCAAUAACUAUUUAUGAAUAUCUUCCUUUAAUUUCUUUCCUUGUUGAGAUGUGAAGCCAGAGGGCCACCCCAACAGGGGUUGACCUAUUGUGCUGGUCCAGCCAAGGCAAACACAUGACUGACGCAGGACUGACUUUACAUCCUUUUCUUUCUAACCAAAACAACACAUUAAAUUUACUCUGCUUAUCCAGUUCAGACUGAUAAAGGAGCUCGUGUGCUAGCAUGCUUAACUUCUCAAAAUAAUGAAGACUUGCAAAUAAAUCAGCAUGACAACAGCUAACAAUGUUAUUUGAUUUACAUCCUGGGUAAUGUGGGCCAGGCAUUGCUUGAAACUGAAUGAAUUACAGGGCUUUGUACUGAAACACUGGCAAAACUAAUACCACAGUCUUCAUUGACAAAUGAGUCUAAGUCCCCCCCUCCAUUCUCAGAAGUGAAGUGUAGUGAGUGUUCAAGUUUAAGUCCAAGUCAAAUUUAUAAAGCAGGACUUUAAUCAUUUCUACACUAAGUCAAAAAAGAACCAUACCUUUCUGUUUACAUAUGUGUUUUUUGAUUUUCUCAAAUGGUUCCAAUAAUAUUCAAAAUACACUGAAUACACUGUAUGUUUAUGUGUCUCCUUCAGUUGCCUGUCAGUAGUAUCAUACUGCUAUUUCCCCCCCGUCUAGUUUUUAUAAUUCCCAGAAGAAACACAUUAAUCAAAAUGACAAUGACAAGUAGCUAAUGCUAGUCAACAGGCUAGUAGUUAAAGUCACACAAUGGUUUCUGGGGGUCCCUGGGCUCCAUCAUGCUGUAGGUUCUUCUGGAUCACUGCUGCAGAUGUUUUGCUGCUGUGGACCUGCCUGUUUUCCAGCUGCUUUAACUACAAGCAUCAGUCUCACCUCUGUCCACCUCCCUCUUUCUGCAUCUGCCACUAACCUCUCUAUUGGCACUCUUUAAAUACAAUGGGUCUGUGUAAACAGAAUACAGCCUAGACCAACUUUUUUAAGUGUCUUGUGAUAGCACUUGUUGUGAAGUGGCACUAUAUACUGUAAAUAGAGAUUGAUUGAUUGAUUAAUAGGUGUAGCAUGCAGACCAUGUUCAGCACUGCAAUAACUCUAAUGCAGAAUUGGUUGGAUGGCUUGUUACCAAUGUGUCUGGUUCUGUUGAGGGUUUCUGCCUGUCAAAAACAAGUUUUUGUUUGCCACUGUUGCCUCAGGUUACCAAUUUGUUCAUGUAAGAUUUUAACCAUCUGAGUUGAGUUUGUUAUAAUGUGAAUGUUUGCUGCCAUGAACUGUGACUAACCUUGUCUUGAUGAUUUCUUGCCCAAACCCCAAAAAUGUUACAGUUGGAAACAAGAUGAUUUCCGCUGCAAGAGCUUAAGAACCAUAUCAGGCCAACUCUGUACUGAUGCUUGUCACUGCCCUACAUGUAAGUCUAUAUUUGGAUAAACUGUGAUGAAGCAUUACUUGAGCACCGAUACAACUCGUACUCGAGGUUUGAUUGGUCCCUCUCACACUGUGCUGAAAAUAUGUCACAAAUGUGAACCAUGAGCCCAGAUAGAGCGUCAUACUCGCUAUUGAUGCAGAAGCAUACUGAGGUUUAGUCCUGACAGCUCUCAUUGGCUAAUGGUGACAGAGCACCCGCUGCCCCAUCUGAUCUCACAGCAGCCUCACUUUCUUCAUCUCGUUCUCACUCCCUGUGUGUGACAGAGGAGCAGCUCGGGCAGGUGAUAACACGGCCAGCUGCUUCCUGUCUUCUGCUGAUUGGCUGCGGGGAAAAUGUCUCACUUGGCUUGAAAAGAACAAACACAAAAAAAUCAGCGGGUGUGUGUGUGGAACAAUAAAGUCCUGAUGUAAAUGAAGUUAUAUUCUAAUCUAAUUAACACCGAGAAGAAGUAAUAUUAUUGCUUAAUUUUCUGGUUCAAUCAGAACAUCUCCACAACAUUUUAGCAAAAACCUUAUGCAUGUUUGAUGCAGAGGGAUGUGUAAUAGGUAAAUUUUUCUUGACUGACCUCUUUUUAACUUUCACAACCUUGCUAUUUCUUAUACUUUUCAUGUGAACAGCCGAGCAAUACUUGGGGAAUUUUCUUGUGUCAUGUUUGUAGUAAACAGAAGGAAAGAAAAAUAUGUGGGAUUGGACCCAAAAAGCACCCAAAGUAGUUAUAAAAAAAAGGCAACAACAAAAACAGUCCAACGGGCAGCAAGCUUGAAUCAAAACUAAAGAAAAUAGAUCAUUACCAAGAAUGGACAGCUAAAAAUCACCUGGAGUACACACAAGGAGGAUUGGUUGAAAGGAAGAAGGAUGAACUUGUAAAGAGACAGGCCGCUAUCACAGGGUCUGGAAAGUGACAAGUGCAGGAAGAAAAGUGUUAGGAGUCUGCCUGAAAAUUGGAACUACACUUAAAUGAUUUCCACCUAUAGCUGCAACAGCCAGAUUUACUAUGUGCCUUCAAAUGUGGCUUUAUCAGAUAUAAACAUUUCAGAUAGCCUGCAAAUUACGUCUUUUAAGUCUCUGCCUAUUGGUCUGUCACUUUUAAGUUUAUAUAGCCUCAGGGGAAAUCUUUUGUUUGUCUUGACUUCGAGGAAAUGACCAUGAGAUAAACAAGCUGAUUAAACCUUAUCUUUGAAAAAGUCAAAUGGAGAUCCAAUAACACCAGAGAAUAUCAUGACAAUCAGAGCUGAUGGGUGCGUAGCCUGGUGGCGGACCUGUCUGUCACGUUCGCUUUCAGCGCCCGACAGCACUGAAAAGGGAAAUGAGACGUUUGCUUUUCCAGCUUCUUGGGAGGUGGAUCAAUAUCCAUCACUUCUCUCUGAGCCACCAGGUGACGACUGUGAACUCCUCUGAAGCACAAAUCACACACUAACACAGGCUCUGAAGUGCCAAAGGCUCGGCUGACACGAGCAUGGAUUUUUGGGCCAAUGUGUUUUCAAGUCUGCCUAAAUCUCAUUUGACACUCCUUAAUUGGGUGAAGUCAUCUUUGUCAUCUUCCUUUUACACAAACAUACACACGCACACACUCACUCAGGCAGAGUGAAACAGUGGGUUUGUCACUCUGUUAUUUGUCAACCACACUAAGCUGCUGUCGCUCUGCUUGAUGUCUGUCACUGCUGCAAUCCAUUACAGUGCCUCAGCUGAUAAUAAAGGGAUUAGCAUGUACAACAUGUGAAAAAAGGCAAUUUCAUUGUCUCAAAAGAAGACAAACAAACUACUUCGUGUCACAUGUAAAAAAUGCAGCCGUUUUGCCUGUGAUACCCCCCAGGACAGAUGCCACAUGUCACUGGACUAAUGUGUUGGAUACACUUGUGGUUUACUGAACAAUUUUUUUAGAUAGCACAAUAAUUUAAAUCCUCACAGCAGGGAUAAAUUAUAUACUGCAUAAAUAUUUAUACAUCAACAAACAGCAAUGUUUUGCAAAUUUAUGGUAAUUGUAAGUGAUUAGAUAAUAAUUCAUCAUUUCUAGAGGGCAUUAAAGUCUCAUCUCUAAUGUUUUAUUAAUGGAGGAAUGAGUCAUCUGUGUUACUGUUCACUUAACUGAAAAGAUUGCAAACAGUAAAUAAACAAGGGGGUACGCUGUUCAGUGUUCGUCACAGACUGACUGUGUAUUUCCUGUAGUCAUAUAGGAUGACUUAAAAUAUUUAUAAAGUACAUAUAUUGCACAAAGAUAUCUCACCUACUCUUACAUUUAUUUAAAAUAUUUAUUUGUGUUAUUUUUUUAAGCAAAAUACUCUAGGUGAAUGCAAAUUAAUUGUUAAUGUUUUGAAAUAAUUUGCACCAUCAGACGACUUGUAGAAAUGUGAGUGUUUACAUUGAGAUUUUUUUUGUUUUACUUGAACUGGUGAUUUUAUUUUGAGAUGUAUUUGAAUCUUGAUUUUGGUAAACAGAGAAGUGUGUUCCCAUCUUUACAGCAAAAUUGAACGUGUUUACGGCCUGGUUCAAGAAGCACUUUUCCUCUGAAUAGCUGAUUCCCCAAUCCUCACACACUGUUACUUUUUUUUUUCUCAUUAGUUUUGAGGAUAUUGAGGUAAUGACUUUUGCUUUAUAUUGAACACAGCUGACUUGACUGACAGGCAGGCAUAUUAUAGCUAUUAUAGAGGAGGCUAACGGCGCUCCACAACCCCACCAUUUUGCCUCUUGCUUGUUGGACUAAGGUUGAGUUGAGGCAUUAUUUUCAAUAUGGUGACUGCCAGCUAUACAGUAGGCUCAGAAUUCCUUCAGCAUAUUGGUGAUGGCACCGAGACUGCACCUAUGUUUUAUAUGUGCUCUCUCUCUGUCUCUGUCGUAGAUCAUCUAUAGAGCACACAGAUGCUAUUUUAAAAUGCAUGUACGGUGCAGAGUGGGUCCACACUAUCAUCUGUCAUAGCUGGGGAACACAAGAAGAAAACUGCAAAUAUACCUUAGGUGGCUGUUAAUAUUCAACCUUGAUUCCAAUAUUACUCUGAUACUCCAUCACCCAGCUUCUCUAUAGUGCCUUUUUCUACCAGUCACAUAACUAGCAUUAACAUGUUGCUAAUUGUUUUAAUUAGUUGGUAGAUGUUUUACUGGUGUUUUAUUGAGUUAUGAUUGCUUUUUAAAACAUAAAGUAAAAUUGGGCAUGUAUUUUCAUCCAAAAAACAUCUGUUUCACAUUUUGUUUGUGUUGUUUUCAAUUAAAUAUGGUCUUUAAAUGACUUUCAAACCCUCAAAUUAUUUUUAUCAGCAGUGAACACAACGUCCCAACAGUCAGCAUCUGUAGAGCAGUCACUUUUUGCACAGUCAUACUCUUAGCAAACUUGUGCAUCAGAAUUCUAAAUGUACAGAUUUUAUUUUUUAUAACAUGUAAUUUUCAGUAUAGUUGUUGCUCAAAGUGGUUUCAAAGUCAAACAUGUCACCAAAAGAUUUAUCAUCUGAGAACCACAAAUGUGUAUUAAAAACAGAAAGCCUGUCCAUUUAUUGACACUGUCCUUCCAAGAGCCAUGCUACCACAAUUGUUAGCAGCUGUUUCCAUCACACUGAGAACUUUUAAUGAUAAGUGAUGAACAUUACCUCUGUAAAUAAUAUCAGCAAGGUAUCAUUUCCUGUCUAUGAUAAAAACUGAACAUUAUAAUUGUUUGAAUUAUUGCAGAACUGUUGAUUUAAAGUCUGCAAAAUUACAUCUUAAACUCUCAUAUUGUCUUUCUCUUUCUCUCUCUCUUUCUCUCUCUGGGUGAAGGGUCGUAGGGAGUCGCUGCCUGCUCUCCACCAUGUGGUGCGUCGGCGUUUCUCUGGGCCGGUGCUGCUCCCUCCUCUGCGGAGGAGACACUCUGUUCAGGAGCACCACCAUGAAACCCGACGGGCAUCUGCAGCACAUGGUCUGCCUCUGGACCGCCUGGAAGUCCUGUACAGCAGAGCUCUGGCCAGUCAUGAUGAGUACCGGUCAGUACACACACAUGUCCUGCUAUUUUUUUUCCCUCUUCCUUCCUUUUUUUUCUCUGCUGCUUACAUGUUUGAGGCCCUCACAAGUUUACAGAUGUAG